AUGGAUGCUUUAGAAAACUAUUUCCAUUUACUAGACGAACAAGAUAAAGAACUAAUCAUUACAGGAGACUUAAACUGUGACCUCUCUCUCUCAGUCUUGCAACCCCAUUCUCGUAGACUUAUGGACAUCCUUGAGUUAUUUCAAAUGAAACAACUGAUUGCAGAUCCCACGCGCAUAACAGGCAUCACAGAAUCGUUAAUUGACAUAAUUGCAACUAACCGCCAUGAUAAAGCAAAAGAAAGCGGCGUGAUUGAAAUAGGUAUUAGCGAUCACAGUCUUGUGUAUUCAUGUCUGAAAAUAUCAGUACCUCGAGAAAAACCGAAGAUCGUUGAAAGCAGAAAUCUAAAAAAUAUAAUGUUAACUGCUUCAAUAGCUAUCUUUCUCAGUUACUGA